CAUAAUUUAACAAAGACCUCAAGGCUUACAUAUACGUCACAGCCACAAUUUUCUUUGAAAUAAUAUUCUAUCUCUUCCUCUCCGCAUCCUCUGUCGACACUCACGCGAUCGACCACCCCCCACUACCCCUCCACCUCACCCGCUGAUAGGGUGCGCGCAGUGAGACACGGAAACCUCACUGAACCCUCCUAUCACCUCUUGAAACGACUUCCAGGAGUGGAAUAUCACAGAAAACCGCAAAGAUGGCCGCGUUACCAAAGCGGAUCAUCAAGGAGACCGAACGGCUGAUGGCAGAACCUGUCCCGGGAAUCAGCGCCAUCCCUCACGACGACAACCUGCGUUAUUUCGAUGUUAAGAUCCACGGCCCUUCACAAUCGCCUUAUGAGGGUGGCGUCUUCAACCUCGAACUCUUCCUCCCAGAUGAUUACCCAAUGACGCCCCCCAAGAUCCGUUUCCUCACCAAGAUCUACCACCCCAACAUCGACAAGCUCGGCCGCAUCUGCCUUGACGUGCUGAAGAGCAACUGGUCUCCAGCUCUCCAAAUCCGCACCAUCCUCCUCUCCAUCCAGGCCCUCCUCGGUGCCCCCAACCCCGAUGACCCUCUCGCCCCCGAUGUCGCCAAGCGCUGGAAGGAGGAUGAGCCUGCCGCCAUCGCGACGGCGAGGGAGUGGACGCGCACGCAUGCUAUCUCAUAGUUUGGACGAUGCCUGACCGGAAGGCUCACAUGCCUAGGGGUAUAGGUUAUGGAUUAUUUGGUUGCAGUUCGAGCAUUUGCGGAUGGCGCUGUGUUUGUUGGGGAGCAGUAGGGAUGCGCAAGUGGAAGUCUGGGUACCUGCCGAGCAUUGCCGUUACUGGGACUAGCACCUGGAUUGCUGUUGUUUGAGCGUGUGAAAGGGGAGGGACUGGAUGGAUAGUUGGCUACGCGCAUUUUUCUGAGCUGCGGCGUCUGUUCAGCUGGUAUGAUGUCUAUAGGGGUUGGCACGCGCGGGCUGUAGCCGGUGGAUGGCUUGGUGUUGAUUGAGAUUAUCUCUAUAUUUGGGCAAGGGAAAACAUAGGAGAGAGCAAUUCACGGGAUGUUACUG